ACAAUGUUCUUCUGUGUCAGUUCCCUCCAUCUCCCAGCCCAGCUGCACUCCUUUUGAUCAUUCACAUUUCCUCCAAAUGCAUGUUGUCAUUAAUUAAUUGAGUGUCUCAUGGAAAGCGAGGUGGGGGAGAUGGGCAGACAACAGCUAUAGCUACACCAUUAAAAUACAAACCAAGUCUGCUGAGUUUACUGAAUGCGAGUGCUGAAGUGACUAAUAAGCUUUUUUACAGUUAAUGUUUUCCUCUGAGGACAGACCCAGGACCAGAGAUGGAGGGCAUGCAUUUUGAGGAUGAGAAGACCAAGAGGUACUGCAUGAAGACAAAGCAUGUGGCUGUCAUCUGUGGCGUCGUGGUCAUUGUAGGUCUUGCCGUGGGGCUUGGCGUGGGAUUGAGCAGACCUAAAUCUCAGCAACAUUCAGGGGAAACAGAUCAGCCAACAAACCCUCCUCCCUCAGCGGACUUGAGUCCCUGUCCUUCUAGAAAUGAUGAGACUGGAGACUGGACCCAUUUUAGACUGCCCACUUAUGUGAAGCCUAUCCACUAUGAUUUGGAAAUGAAGCCUGAAAUGGAGACAGACACUUACACUGGGACAGUCAGUAUUUCCAUUGCUUUGGAAAAAUCUACCAGCUACCUGUGGCUCCACCUGCGAGAGACCAAGAUUACAGAAAUGCCAACACUCCAGAAAUCUUCAGGACAGCAAAUUGCUGUGAAUGACUGCUUUGGUUACGAGCCACAAGAAUACAUAGUGAUGAAGGCAGAAACAGAGCUCUCUGUCACUGAUGAAAGUGAUCCCUAUAUACUCACCCUGAAGUUUCAAGGCUGGCUGAAUGGUUCCCUGGUUGGGUUUUAUAGGACCACCUACACUGAGAACGGACUUAUCAAGAGCAUUGCAGCUACAGAUCAUGAACCAACAGAUGCACGGAAAUCUUUUCCUUGCUUUGACGAGCCCAACAAAAAGGCGACUUACAACAUAUCUAUCAUCCAUCAAGACACAUACCAAGCACUAUCAAACAUGCCAGUACAGCAAACUGUACAGCUGGGCAAUAACUGGAAUCGGACAACUUUUGAAAAAUCAGUUCCCAUGAGCACAUACUUGGUGUGCUUUGCGGUGCAUCAGUUUCAGUGGAUAGAAAAAAUAUCUGCUAGUGGAAAACCUCUGAGAGUUUAUGCCCAGCCACUGCAAAUACACACAGCAGAAUAUGCAGCAAAUGUAACAAAAACUGUAUUCGACUUCUUUGAAGAGUACUUUAAUGUGAGCUAUUCUCUUCCAAAACUAGAUAAAAUAGCUAUUCCAGAUUUCGGGACAGGUGCUAUGGAGAACUGGGGGCUGAUCACAUACAGAGAAACAAACCUGCUGUAUGAUCCCAAUGAGUCAGCCACUUCCAACAAACAGAGAGUAGCUGCUGUGAUAGCCCAUGAGCUUGUUCAUCAGUGGUUUGGAAAUAUUGUGACCAUGGAUUGGUGGGAUGACUUGUGGUUAAACGAAGGAUUUGCCAGUUAUUUCGAGUUCCUGGGAGUAAAUGCUGCAGAACCAGAUUGGCAAAUGCUUGAACAGGUUUUAAUUGAUGAUGUGCUUCCUGUAAUGAUGGAUGACUCUUUGCAGUCUUCCCAUCCAAUUGUGGUGGAUGUGUCAUCUACAGCUGAAAUCACGUCUGUGUUUGAUGGGAUAUCCUACAGUAAGGGUGCAUCAAUCCUCAGAAUGCUUCAAGACUUAAUGACACCAGACCUCUUCCAGAAAGGCUGUCAGAUAUAUUUGAAAAAACACCAUUUCCAGAAUGCCAAGACAGAUCAAUUUUGGGAAGCUCUGGAAGAGGCAAGUGACAUACCUGUGAAAGAAGUCAUGGACACAUGGACUAGGCAGAUGGGCUACCCUGUUUUGGAGAUGGGAACUAAUUCAGUAUUCACACAAAAACGUUUUCUCUUGGAUCCCAAUGCAGAUGCUUCUUACCCUCCUUCUGAUCUUGGUUACAAAUGGAAUAUACCAGUGAAAUGGAGACUUGGAAGUUCAACAAACUAUACUUUCUACAACCUAUCAGAUUCUGCAGGAAUUGCAAUACCAUCACCUCCCAAUUCUUUUGUGAAUAUUAAUCCAGACCACAUUGGAUUCUAUCGGGUGAAUUAUAAUAGUCAUAACUGGGCCAGUUUAAGCACUCUUCUGGCCAGCAACCACAAAAACUUUUCAGCUGCUGACCGUGCAGGGAUUUUGGAUGAUGUCUUUUCUUUGGCAAGAUCUGGACUAGUGAAUUACUCUGUUCCUCUGGAGCUCACAAAAUACCUAAUAAAUGAAACAGACUAUUUACCAUGGCAUAGAGUUAUAUCAUCUGUAACUUAUCUCACAAACAUGCUUGGAGACGACACAAAUCUCUACCCCCGGUUUCAGGAAUAUUUCCGCCACCUGGUAAAACCUAUUGUGGAUCAACUGCACUGGAAUGAUGUUGGAGGUCAUUUGGAGAGGCUCCUUCGUACGUCUGUUCUAGACUUUGCCUGCAGUAUGGGUGACACAGAAUCUUUGAACAAUGCUUCUCAAUUAUUCGAUCAAUGGCUACAAGGACAAAUUAUUCCUGCAAAUCUCCGACUCCUAGUAUACCGGUAUGGGAUGCAGAACUCAGGCAAUGAGACAUCGUGGAAUUACAUGUUUGAGAAAUACCAAGAAACUUCAUUAGCUCAAGAAAAAGAAAAGCUGCUGUAUGGCCUGGCAUCAGUAAAGAACAUCACCCUUUUGGACAGGUAUCUGAAAUAUAUUUACAACACCAGCCUCAUCAAAAGCCAAGAUGCAUUCACAGUCCUGAGAUACAUCUCAUAUAACACCUACGGGAAAACAAUGACCUGGGACUGGAUACGACUUAACUGGGAGUACUUAGUCGACAGAUUCACUAUCAAUGACAGAUACCUUGGUCGAAUAGUGACUAUCACCCAAACUUUCCACACUGAGCUCCAGCUUUGGCAGAUGGAAAAUUUCUUUGAGAAAUAUCCUAAUGCUGGGGCAGGAGAAUCACCCAGGAGUCAGUCAAUUGAACAGGUGAAGAACAACAUUGAAUGGCUAAAAGUAAACAAGGAGGAAAUACAAAUGUGGCUAGAAGAACAGCUAGGCCCUUAAAGUUUUACUCUGUUAAAAAUACCAGGCACUCAUUCUGGGCAGUCAGAUCAUCAGAGAUAUUUAGCAAUGUGGGUUUCUCACUUAGGUACCUUAGAGGACCAAGGCGUAAUAUUUUUUCUACAAAUACUUGGGAGACCACAGCCAGAGCAACAUUUCUGCAGUUGGUGAGCAGGAAUAGCUUUAUAUUCUGAGAGGUGAAUUUGCCUGAACAAACAAGACAAACAUUUAAAGUUACUCAAGGCAGAAGUGAUGGCAGAACUGGAGUACUCACUGAUCAAGCUGGUCUCACUCCUUCCUCACACCACUCUGAAAGCUACUUCUUGGUUGACACAGAACCAACAUAGUAAACUCAGGGAUUCCUUUCCACAUGCACCUCACAGGAGAUUUCUCCUGAAGGAAAGGGUAUUAAGCAGUAAUUUUAACAUUAUCUGAAAAUCAUCUCCUAUAUUCAUAGCUGUUAAAAAAUCUCCAUUUGGGAUUUAGCUUUGCAUUCUGGUACUACAGAAAGGCCAUUUAAGCUUCCCUCUCCAUUGAUUUUUGAAGUUUAACUGCUAGUGCAUAAGGGAUCAAUAUUAUCAGCUUCUUUUUCAAUAUUACUAGUUGGGAUUCUGUAGCUUGGAGGAGGGGUUGUCUUGGUUAUUUUUGUCUUAUUUCUAAAUCUUCUGAAAAGAAGAGUUUGUGGCAGCCGUUACUGAAAACAAGACAUAUGGUACUUACUGUCUCUUAUGUAAAAAUAAAAUUUAAAACUCUA